AUGGGGCUUGAGGAAGUGACGUCGCCUGCGUCUGCGCAGUGCGACCUGAUGCAGCCCCUGAAAAAGCCUAAUGGUCCAUGUCCUCAACAGGGCAAACGCACUAACCUAAAGAAGCCCGACUCAGAGCGGACGGGUCACGGCCUUAGAGUGAAGUUCAACCCACUCGCUCUGCUGCUGGAUGCAUCACUGGAGGGCGAGUUUGACCUCGUACAAAGGAUAAUCUAUGAGGUUGACAAUCCCAGCACCCCUAAUGAUGAGGGCAUCACACCCCUCCAUAACUCAGUGUGCGCUGGACACCACCAUAUCGUCAAGUUCCUGCUGGACUUUGGUGUUAAUGUGAAUGCAGCAGACAGUGAUGGCUGGACGCCCCUGCAUUGUGCCGCCUCCUGUAACAGCGUGCACCUGUGUAAGCUGCUGGUGGAGUCUGGUGCUGCCAUCUUUGCCACCACCAUCAGUGAUGUGGAGACGGCAGCAGACAAAUGUGAGGAGAUGGAGGAGGGUUACAUACAGUGCUCACAGUUUCUCUAUGGUGUGCAGGAGAAGAUGGGUGUGAUGAAUAAGGGAGUUGUGUACGCUCUGUGGGAGUAUGAGGCUCAAAGCGCAGAUGAGCUUUCCUUUCAGGAAGGUGACGCCAUUACUGUCCUACGCAGGAAGGAUGAUACCGAGACAGAGUGGUGGUGGAGUAAACUCAACGACAAAGAGGGCUAUGUGCCACGUAACCUAUUGGGGCUGUACCCCAGAAUAAAACCACGUCAGAGGUCUCUGGCGUAACCUCUCCUGGGUGACUCACUGGACUGAUGUCUGGAGGUGUUGAGCCUCCAUCUUUCACCUCUAUGUGCCACUUGGACAACAGAAGGGGUGAAGCUGCUAAGCCCUGAACCCGGAGGCACAAUCAACCACGCUACCCACAAACACACUCUCCAGCCCACACCAGGCCAAACAAGCAGCCUCAGGUUUCUCGGUCUGCCCCCAUCAGCUCUGCUACAAGGCCUCCGUAUCUCCCCAUCCACUCCUCUCACGGUUUCUUGUAUCCAUGUAAAAUAUAGCUGUACAUCACAUCUUGGGGAUCAAGCACUAAUCACUUUGACAAGAGCUUUCUUUUAUUUGUAGUUGCUUACCCAUGAUGCUUUGCUGAAAGGAGCAGGGCAGACAGUGCUCUUUGUCAGAGAGAAUUCUGUACUUUUAAUUGAACUGGAUGAAUGAAAGCUGAUAUGUUAUAUAUGUUUAAAACUUGUGCGUGAAUUUUAUAGCUCAUCUACAAAACGAGUGUAUAGACUGGAAGUAUAUGAGAGCAGAGAACAAAAAUAUACAUAGUUUGCAUAGAACGAUUAUUCUGAUCUAUGACUGAUAAACCCCAUAUACUGAUGGGCAUGUAUAUGAUUCAUAAAGGUGCAUAUAAGUGUUGCGUAUGGGAUUUAUGUAUGCUACGAGUGAGAUUUUUCUUUUUUCACUGCAGUGAGCAUCAUACAGAAGUGUGAAGUGCAGAGAAGAGUUUUUCACAGCAUUGGAGUGUUUUGAAGAGUGUGUGAAGUGUGCAGAGAUUGAGUUGAACCAUCAUUAUACGAUCAGUAUUUAGCCUACAGGAACAGACACUAUACAUUCUUGCCAGGAUUUGGCUGGAGUGUGACAGCUUGCUUGAAUUCAGCUGAAAAUGUUCUGUGCAUUUACAUUUAUUUUACUUUUUUUUUUUUUUUUUUUUUUUUAAAAAUGUUGCUUUAUAUUAUACCAGCCCAUUCCACUCCACUCCUGUUUUUAGUCAUGUGAUUUUUAUAUUCUGCUGUUGAGGCAGUGAAGAGCUUUAUUGUGGAGUUUAACCUUGUAAAUACUGUGAUGAGGAUGGGAGAGGAGACAUGCUUGACUCGAUGCUGUUAGACUAAACUGCCCGUGUGGGCUUCUGUGAAAUACAGUGACUCGCACCUUGUGUUCUAUAUGUGCACAAAUAAAAAUAAAUGAGUCAUAGCAAGAAUUCA